AUGACCCCAGAUAGAGGAUCAAACCAUGGCACGAAGCGGAAGCGUGGGGAGAGGAGACGCGCUUCCCUAGCUUGCGAGACAUGCAGGAAACAAAAGGAGAAAUGUGAGGGUGGUCAGCCCUGUUGGAGAUGCCAGCGACUAGGACGACCAUGCCAUUUUCAAGGCCAGCCGAUUCCAACAACGACAUCCCCUUGCUCCUCUUCCGUCCCCGUCGCAUCUGUUUCGAGAGACGAAAAUGGACGAAUACAAAGCCUGGAGCAUAUUGCUCGCCAUUUCCUUGGAGAUAUACCGUUGGAUAAGGAGAAUAUUGGUCGUAUUGCGGACAAAUUACGAAGCUCGACAGACACUACCCUGUCGGAAACCGCCCUGGAUAUCAACGAGCCGUUCGAUGUUCAUUUUGUGUCCAAUAAUAUGGCUCAUUACUCUGGAGAAUUUUCUCACUGGAAUUUCUCCCAGAAAUUGCGCCGCAAAAUGAGCUGCCAAAUAGAUCGGCUUGAUUCUAGGGUCAAAGAAUACUGGCGGCCAACCCAGCUUCAAUCCUCAGCCGAAAUUAUAACGGAGACAAUGAAGCAUUUACCACCGCGAUCUAUUGCCGACUUCCUCGUCACCAUGUUCUUCAAGUACGUUGAGAUUAACUCCUUUUACAUGGAGCGGAAAUGGAUUGAAGAGAAGGUGGCCCUCUGUUACAGCUCGACAAAUACAUAUACAGCCAUUGAUUUCCCCUGGGUAUGCUCUGUUUUUGCUGUUCUAGCCAUUGGAACUCAGGUGGCCCAUAUGGAGGACCAAAAGCCAAAGCCCGAUUCAGAGGUCACUGAAGAACUCAGCUUGUGCUCUGAGGACUCUGUCGGGCUAGUCUUCUACCACGCGGCAUGCAAGUUUAUUCCAGAUGUUCUUCUGGUUGCUUCUCACGAGAGUGUGCAGGUCUUCUUGCUUCUUGCCACAUAUUCACUGCCUGUUUCUACGGGUGGCCUUGCAUAUACCUAUUACGGUCUUGCAAUGAAGAUGGCGAUUCAAAAUGGGAUGCAUCGCAAAUAUCAAGGUGGUAACUGUGACUCUAGAACUAUCGAAGUCAGAAAUCGGUUGUUUUGGACAGCAUACACUGUUGAAAAAUAUGUCAGCAUCAUGCAUGGACGUCCUCUGUCAAUCGCGCGAUCAGAAAUAAACGCUGAUAUGCCAAGGGACUGUCCCACCUUUGAGUCACCACGAUUUGCUAAUCUAACUGCAUUUCAUACAUUGAUUUCGUACUUGGGAGAGGUCUCUGAAACGCUUGCACAAUUUAAGAGGUGUCCGAAGCGGCUUCUCUCUGAAUAUUUAGAGCGGCUCAUACGGCUAAGGACAAGUAUCAAGCAGUGGUGGGACUCACUCCCAGCCACUGAAGAAUGUCGAGACCUAUGCUCGCAAGGCCCGAAUUUCCGACAAAACUCACAUCUCAGACUGUGCUAUCUGCUCAUAUAUGUCUAUAUGGGUCGUGCUUUUAUAUUUGUCGAUGACAGAAAAGAACCAGGCGAAGUUAUAACUGGUGCAGGUAACGACUCAGGACGGGCGCGUCGGUCGAUUUUGGUGGACGACUGUGUGUCAAGUGCUUUGGACAUUCUCAACACUCUACAAUCCUUAUCAGAUCAUGUCGGUCUUUGUCGUGCUUCUUACAAUGAAUUCAGUGCUUGUCGCGCGGCUAUUCUGGUCAUCCUUGCAGAAAGCCUCAACUCGCGGAAGUCCCAGAGACUCCAGGAUGGCCUGCACCGUGGAAUGGAUCUCAUACGUCAGAUGGUUGGAGGGAGCUCUUCAGAAUCCGAAAUAUCAUACCUGGAGUCUAUUGAAGCAGCUAUCAGCCAACUUUUAGCCGCUCCUGGAGAUGAUUCUGUUUUGCCCCAAAGCGACCAAAUCCCCACCUCUGCCUAUUCGAAGUUCAAAGAUUGGACGCAGUCACUAAAGAAGGAUAAGUCUGCAGGUGGAAAUGUGGAGCUGUCUUCCUUUAGCCCGUUGUCGCGUCUCACUCCUGGUACAGAAGGUUUUGCCAAUCUGGAGCUGAACGAUAUGGCGGCUUUCUUUGACCCAGAUUGGGCAAAUGGCGAUUUCGAAUUUGAUACGUAUAAUUUUUGA